AUGUCGGUUAAAAAAGAUUUUACAAAUAUCGGUGGUUUGGAUAAACAUAUUAGAAUAGUAAAAGAAAUGGUCCUGUUUCCAUUAAUGUACGGUGAUGUUUAUGCCAAGUUUAAUUUAAAACCACCAAGGGGUCUUUUGUUCUAUGGUCCCCCAGGAACUGGCAAAACUUUGGUAGCCAGUGCAUUGGCAUCAGAAUGUAGUACGUCUGAACGCAAGGUCUCCUUCAUAUCACGCAAAGGAUCAGAUUGUUUGAGCAAGUGGGUUGGUGAAAGUGAAAAAAAGCUCGAGAAAAUUUUCACUAUGGCUCAACAAACGAAACCUUGUAUUAUUUUUUUCGAUGAAGUUGACGGUCUAGCACCGAUAAGAUCAAGUCGUCAGGAUUUCGUACAUGCCAGUGUGGUGACUACACUUUUGGCUUUAAUGGACGGCUUGGAGAAUAAUUCAGAAAUUAUAGUGAUUGGUGCUACUAACAGAAUCGAUGCAAUUGAUCCGGCCUUAAGAAGACCAGGAAGAUUCGAUCGUGAACUUUACUUUCCUUUACCUUGUUACUCUGCUAGGAAAGACAUACUUUCGGUUCACAUUAAAAGUUGGAAGCAGAAACCUCCUCAAAAAUUUCUCGCUUAUUUGGCCUCGAAAACGAUAGGAUAUUGUGGUAGCGAUUUGCAAGCUCUCUGUGCUGAAGCUGUCAUGUGUUGCGUUAGAAGACAUUAUCCAGAAAUUUAUACAUUGAAAUCAAGACAUUACAUAAACGAGCGACACCUCAAGGUUGAGAAACAAGAUUUUCUGAAGGCCCAAGAAAAUAUUGUUCCAGCAUCUCACAGAGUCGUCAUAGCACCAGUGAAAUCUUUGUCAAUGAAAAUUCAACCACUUUUAAGAGGCAAUUUAUCAAGCAUUCAAUCCCAGUUACAAAUUCUUUGUCCAACAGGAAUGUUGACGUCAGAUGAAAUUAUCGGCAAAGCCAAUUCGAAAUCAACCACCUGUCCUAGACUUUUAUUAUGCGGUGAAGAUGAUUCACAUACUCGACAUUUAGGUCCAGCUUUGCUUCACGAUUUAGAUCAUUUACCCUGUCACGUUUUAGACGUGACAACUCUUUUCGAAGAAACUGGUAGAGCUGCUGAAGAAACGAUCAUUCAGAAAGUGAAAGGAGCACGUCGUACUUUACCAUCAUUGUUAUAUAUUCCUGAUAUUCUUGCAUGGUGGAAUUUAGUUGACGAAACAGCACGCGUAGUUUUUGCUUCCCUGAUGAGAGAUCUUGACAAUACAGUUUACAUGUUGAUCCUUACAACAGCUAAUUCUGCUUACGAGGAUUUACCUUCAGAAAUCAAAAAUUCAUUCGAUCGAAGUCGUGAUGAGGUAUUUGAAGUACCAUUACCUGGUUUGCAAGAACGUAAAUCAUUCUUCUUACAACUUUUUUCAAACUCAUCAUCGGAUGCUGCUUCUAGCAGAUCCUCGCAAGAUUUUAUACAAAUUAUGGGUCCAAAAAGAACGAAAAAUGAAAAUGGAAAAAAAUCCAAGAUGGACGCGCACAAGGAUUCAAAUGGACCACGUGGACGUCAAAACGCAAUGGACGGAACUACGACAAAAAGAUCAAAAGUUCGAAGUAAACUUGGCGCUGUUCGAUCUACCCAAUCGGCUACCAAAUCAAUCAAUGUUAAACGAGAAUGUAGUGCCUCAGGAGAAGGACCAGGAUCAAAACGUGCCAAGAUGUCAUGCACGUCGUCUAAUAUUUCAAGUACCGAAAAUAUUGCAGAUCUUCAGCUACAAGAAUUACUUCAAAGGAUCAUCCAAUCAACCGAAAAUUGGAAAAGUAAUCGAUUAGAGAAUUUAUAUGGCUCGUUGGAACUUAUUUUGGAAAGAAAAAAUGAAGAUAAUAUAUCGAACGUUAUUGAAAAUUGUUUUCAAUUAAACGUGUUUGACGAUUAUAUCCGUCAUGGAGAUGUGGCAAAAUUUUGUGUUACGACGUCUAUAUCCGUCAUGCGUAAAAGUUUGUUACAAUUUGAUGUUUAA